AACUAUCAGUAACAUCAUGAGGGUUGGUGUAGUGUUGGUGCUGUGUUGUGUGUGGCUGGCGCUGGCUGAGGGUGGUCGGACCAGGCUACGCUCAGUAAGGGCGGCCGCUAAAUCACCUUACGGGAAAGCCUACGGAGGAUAUCCAGGUGGCGGAUAUGGAGGGUACCCAGGAGGAGGCUACGGGGGUGGCUAUGGGGGCGGCUAUGGUGGAGGCUACGGAGGAGGCUAUGGUGGAUAUCCAGGUGGCGGAUACGGUGGCUACCCUGGUGGUGGCUAUGGAGGCCACAAACACAAGCACAAGCCAGGGUACGGAGGAGGUUGCCCUGGUGGGUGUGGAGGAGGUUAUCCUCAGCAAGGAUAUGGAGGCUAUCCAGGAGGUCAGUCUCAGUCUCAGUCUAACUCCCAGGCGCAGAGCUCGGCCUCCAGUCAGGCCUUCGGGCUGAACACUCCCAUUGGACCGUUCGGAGCGUCCUUCAGCCAAUCACAGAGUCAGGCCAGCUCGUCAGCCAGCGCGGGAGGAGUUGGAGGAUACAGGGGGAGAUAGCUUUGAAAUACGAUUGAAUGAAACUCAUCUACAAAGCUGGUUGAAACUCAAAACUUUAUUUAUUGUAAUUAAAUUUUUUGUAACAACUUUU